AUGGAUGUCGUUAAACAUCGUGAUAAUUUAAAACCGGAAGGUCCGUUCGAAGGUCGCCCGAAGGAUGAUUAUUCACCCAAGAAAGCAGAGAGACCUGAAAUUAAAAAGCCGGAAGAUAAUUUAAAACCAGAAGGCGAUUUCGUACGUCAGCCUAAAGAAGAAGCGCCUAAAAAAGGUGAAAGAGCUGAUGUGAAAAAACCAAGAGACAAUUUGAGGCCGGAAGGUGAGUUCGAAAGACCGGAAAAGAAACCAAUCAGUCCAGCAGAGAAGCGUACCCCGAUUAAACAUUCUGAUAAUCUAAAACCAGAGGGUGAGUUCGAGAGACCAAUACCUGAAGAAUUCAAACCUGCCGAAAGACCAAUUGUAAAGAAACCACAUGACAAUUUAAAACCGGAAGGCGAAUUUGUGUCAAGACCAAAAGAUGAGGCGCCAAAGAAAGGUGAGAGAGCUGAUAUUAAAAAGCCACAAGACAAUUUGCGACCGGAGGGCGAUUUCGAAAGACCGGAGAAAAAACCAAUUGGUCCUGCAGAGCGACGUUCUCCGAUUAAACAUUCUGAUAAUCUGAAGCCAGAAGGUGAAUUCGAAAGACCUAAGCCCGAAGAAUUUAGACCUGCUGAAAGACCGGUAGUAAAGAAACCACACGAUAAUUUAAAACCGGAAGGCGAAUUCGUCUUUCAACCAAAAGAAGAAGUGCCAAAAAAAGGUGACAGGGCUGAUGUUAAAAAGCCAAAGGAUAAUCUCAAACCCGAGGGCGAUUUUGAAAGACCGGAAAAGGCACCUAUUGGUCCAGCGGAACGACGUACUCCGAUUAAACAUUCAGAUAAUUUGAAGCCAGAAGGUGAGUUUGAACGACCGGAACAAGAAGGUUAUCGUCCAACAGAAAGGCCAGAAGUCAAAAAACCAACAGAUAAUCUGAAACCCGAAGGCGAUUUUGAAAGACCACAUCCUGAAAAAUAUGUUCCGGCUGAGAAACGUACGCCAGUGAAACAUCCAGAUAAUCUUAAGCCGGAGGGUGAAUUUAUUGGUAGACCUAAAGAAGACUUUACGCCCACUAAAGGUGAUCGUGCCGAAGUUAAAAAACCAGAGGAUAAUCUGAAACCAGAGGGUCUAUUCGAAGGUCGACCGAAGGAUGAUCAUCGACCGAUGCGUGGCGAACGCAUGGAU